AUGUCUGAUACUGUGGUGGGAAUCAUCACUCUGGAGGACGUGAUCGAAGAACUGCUUCAGGAGGAAAUUGAGGACGAGACGGAUAUCGUUCAAGAAAUUUCUCAGAAGCUUCAGUUCUCCAUGGCUAAGCGUCAAAAAAGUUUGCAAAACUUGAUGCACAGAUGCCUUAGCAUGCCCCAGCAGUCGUGUGGUAGUGGCGUGCUCGUGCAGCGAGGGAAACAGGGGAACAGUCCGGACAUAGAGAGACAGUUGUCUACCAGCCUGCAGGAGGAACAUCUGGCAUCGAUGGGUCAAGGUCGGCGGCAAGAGGGAGACGGGGAUAACGACGCAGCACCACCGCACAGGACGGAGAGCCGAGUGAGGUUCUCGUGAAGUUUAUGUAACGUUUGUCGUUGUUAAGUUUAGCCGUUUGAUGUGCUGUCAGCUCGGAUGGUCUUGUCCUGGACUACAGUACAUCACUACCUUAGAAUUCAAAGUUCUAUCCAAUAUUUUUGUCCAUAUUAAGUUACUGAUACCAUGAGGUCAGAAACCAAAUUUUGUAAUCUGCUCUAUUAAAAUCAUAUGAAUAUUCGGAGUCGCUACCA